AUGAAAAAAAAAAAAGUAGUAAAAUUAAAGGAUGAAUAUGUGCCCAAAGGAAGUUAUAUAAGUAAGGAAGCUCUAUUAACUAACAUUUUUUUAGACACAAGCCAAAAUGAAAUUACAAAUUUAGAGUCCCAACAUUUUCACAUAGUCACUAAUUGUAUUAGCAAACUUCAAAAAAAAAACCUUCAAACUAAAUUGAAAGGUUUAAAUGAUUUGCUUAAUCAUUUAAAUCAAUGCAGUGACGAUGAACUUAACAAUGUAUUCCCAAGUUUUGUGAAUAUUUACAAAAAAUUAAUAUUUCAUCCAAAUUGCAAUAUCAGAGAAAGUUUAAAUGUUUGCCUCCAACUAUUUAUUAAAAGAAUAAAUAAGAGAAUAAAAAGACAUUUACAAACAUUGUUUCCUCCUUUGUUUGUUUCAACUUUUGAUUACAAUAAAAAUGUUAAAUAUAUAUCAAAAGAAAUACUUACUCUAAUAUUUCCAAAGAAAGAAUUAGUAAAUGAAGAAUUAAUAGAGGCAGAUAAAAAAAAUAUUGAAGAAAAAAAAAGAAAAGAAAAAAAUGUAAAUAAAAUAAGAAUGCAAAAAGAAAAUAAAUUAUAUCAAAAUAUAAAAUCUUUAAAUGUAAAUAUUACUAAUUUAUAUAAUUGUUUAAAAUAUAUAAAAAAUGAUUUAGAGGAAGCUGUAACAUGCAAUUUAAAUAAUACAACAAAUAAUGAAGAUUAUGAUAGUACUGUUUAUUUGUUUAAUGUUUUAUGUUUUUUUCCAUCUUUUAUUUAUAUACUUGUAAAGAAUAUUAAAAAUAAUAUUGAAUUUGAGAAAAUAGUUGAUAAUGAUAAUACUAAUGAAUUUACUAAAAAAAUGAAUAGUGUAUUAAAAGACAAAAUAAAAAAUGAAUUUUCAUAUUUUCAUAAUAUGUUUCAAACAUUUUUUAGACUUUUAAAUAAUGUUUACAAAAAUACUAAACACAAUUUAAAAUUAAGAAAAAUAAUAUAUUUAUCAGUAUAUAAUAUAAUAUAUAUAUUAAAACAAAACAAAAUAAAUUAUUUUGAUCUAGAUGAUAACGAAUCAAAUUUAAGUAUUUACAAUUAUAUAUGCUGUAUAUUAAGUGAUAAAGAAGAAUAUAUUUUAAAAAAUAUUAAUCACAUUUUGUUAAUGUAUUUUUAUUCUGAAAAUAAUAAAAUGAUAAAUACACAUUUUUUGAGAAGCUAUUUAUCAUUAGUUAAACAAAAUAGAGUAUACCAAAAUGAUAUAUUUAAUUUUAACAUCCCUUUAUUUAUUUAUAUAUUUCAAAAAGAAUAUAUCCAACAAAAUUUUUUUUUCUUUUUUUUUCUUUUUUAUUUUUUAUUACUAAAUAAAAAAAAAUCGUCAUUGAUAAUAUAUUACGACAUCUUCCUCUAUUUAUGUGAUAUUUUUAAUCCAUUUUUACAAAAAAAAUCGCAAACGUUGACAAAUAUACAUGACCAGACUGUGGAACAUAAUGUAGAACCCGAUAGAGAACAAAACGAAUGCAAAUCUACAAAAAGAGAGUUAGAAAUAUUUGAAUGUUGUAAUGUCUUAAGAAAAAAUAUAUUUAUUUUUCCACUUGAAAUAGUUUUAAUACAAAAAGGAUUUUCAAAUUAUAGUUACUGCUUUAAAAACAUGUGUAUAUAUGAUAUACUUGAAAAUAGUUACUAUUGUUUUGAUAUAAAACAUUUAAAGAAAACAGAAAAAAACAAAAAUAAUGAUAAUAAAAAAAAAACAAAACUAAAAGACUUAAGAAAAAAUAUAGAAAAAGAAAUUAUCGAAGAAAAUGAUUUUAUAGAUGUAUUCACACAUUUUAUAAGUUCAUUUAAAAGUUUAUAUGAUGUUUUAUUAAUUGAUAUUCUUGAUAUGUUAGAUUUUUAUAUUUCUAAAUUAUUUGAAAUAAAAAAUAAUGAAUUUUUAGAGAAUGAAAUAUUAUUAGAAAAUAAAAAAGAAAAGACUAGAAAUGAUGAAAAAGGUUAUAUAUAUAAUGAUGGUAUUAGUUUUAUUUUAAAAUUAUUUUUAAAAUUAAAAGAUUUAACAUUUGCAAAUAAUAAUAAACAUAUUGAAAUAAAAAAAUCAAACAAUACUCAAGAACGUUUCAUAAAUACAUUUAAAAAUGUGUUUGAUUCUAUUUUCAAUUUGAUUAAACUAAAAUAUUAUGAAAUAAUUCCAAAUUUAGAAAAUCAUUUUUUUAUUCUACAAUUUAUUUGUAAUAAUAUUAAUGGUAAAAAUGAAUAUUUUACAAGUUUGAUCAAAAUAUUAAAAAAUUUUGAAAAUAUAAUACUUUCUGAAAAUAUUGAAAAAAACAUAUAUUUUUCUCUUAUUCGAAUUUGUUUAAAUUUUAUAUAUUUAUUUUAUGAAGAAAAUAUUAAAGAUCAUUAUAUAUUGGCAUCUGACUUUAUAAAGAUAUUAGUAGAUUCCCCAUCGAAUAAGGAAAAUUUAGAAAUGAAAUUAAAAGUGUGUGUAGAAUUAAUAAAUUUUAUGAAAAGUAAGAAUAAAAAAUUUCUUAAUAUUGAAAAAACUGUUUUAUCAAUUUAUGAUGAAUAUAUUUCUAUUCCAUCAAAUUUAGAAAACCAUAUAAAUAUUGACAGCAAUAUAAUUAGAUCUUUUUAUACAGCAUUAUAUAUUGACUUUUCAAAAAAUAAUAUUUUAUUUGGAAAUAAUUUUUACAAUAAUAUAUUAUAUAUAUAUAAAAAUAGAAUUAUAAAAAAUAAUAUAUUUUGUGAAGAUAAUUUUAUUGAAUUUUUUUUUAAAAUUUUUGAGAAAACAAAAUUUAAUAUUUUCAAAUAUGGAGUAGACAAUUUCGGACUUAUAGAAAAUGAACCUGAUUAUAAUAAAUUAAAUGAUUUAUAUUUAUACUUUCUUUUAAAUAUUUAUUUAAAAAUAAAUCAAAAAGAUGUUGAAAUAUAUUGUAGAAAUUUAUUUUCACAUUUUAAAAAAGAAUCUAUUUAUUCUUGUCUAAUUGUGAUGAAAAAUAUUUUUAAAUUCUUUUCAACAAAUUGUGAACAUAAUAAUAUAGUUAACUUUUCUAAUACUGAAAUAACUGAUUCUGAAAUAAAUAGUGACAAAACAUAUGAACAUUCAGAUUUAUCAAAUAUAUACGAUUUACAGUUGUCUUCUACAUAUUAUAGUGAUGAUUGUUCUGAUAAUUGCACAAACAACUACAAUAUUAUUUUAAAUCAUAAAAAAGUAACCAAUGAUUCUCAAAUUUGCUAUUUAAUUGGAUACGUAAAUAAUGGGAUAGCAACAUGCGAAUGUUUCAAAUUUGAGAAAUAUGGCGAAAAUGAGGAAAUGCGAAUCCACUUGGAAAUGCAACGAAGCGAUGUCUUAAGCAAUAUAUAUAUUAAUCGAUUUAUAGAGUUGUACAAAAUAUAUAAUAAUAUAGAAUCAUUAACUAUAUAUGAUAUAAAAAACAUUACUUUUUUAUUGUAUAAUGAAGAAAUAAAGGAAUGUUCUAAUUAUUCAAAUAUGGACAUUGUAGAAAAUAUGACAAGUUUAGACAUAUUUUAUCAUUUUAUUUAUCAAAAUAUUGAACGUGAAGAAUUUGUUUUUUUCUUAUUAUCUUUAAAAGAAGAGUUAGAAAAAGAUAAAAUAAAUAAAUGUAGUAAAUUUGAGUUUUUUUUUAUAAUAUAUUAUUAUUAUAUUAAAAAAAAAAAAGGAAAAAAAAAAUACAUUAAAAAUGUAAACACUCAAGAUAUAACAAUUUCAGAUAUUAUUUAUAAUAUGAAAAUUGUUAAGAAUUAUAAAAUUUUAAAUAUAUGUAAAUUUUUAUUGAAAAAACUUAAAGGAAAGACAGAACAUAUAAUAGAUCAAACAAAUGAUACGUUUUUAGAAACAUUUUCAAACGAAUUAAUAAAUUUUAAAGUAAAUAAUUUAUACCAAUUAAAAAUUAAAAUAUUUUUAUUUAAACAUUGUGUAAUAAAUUAUAUAAACAAAUACAACUAUUGUAUAGAACCAAAAGAAAUAAGCAAAAAUAAAAAUAGCAAACAAAAUGAGAUAAAUAAUGUGGAAUUUUACAAUGAUCAAAUAAAUAAAAUAAAAAAAAUUAUUCCAGAAAAAUUGCAUACUUAUAUAAAUAAAAAUUUUAGUUUAAAAUUAUGUGAAAAGAAUGAAAUCGGAAGUUUGAAUUUAAUAUUUCAUUUGGUAUAUAUUAGUAAAUAUGUUAACAAUUAUAACUUAUUUAAUUUUCAACUUAUUAAAAAUUUUACUAAAAAUAUAAAAUAUUUAUCUCUAAAAAAUUAUGAUAUAUAUUUUUAUGCUACAUAUUUAAUUAUUAGUAAAGAUGAAGAAAAAGACAUGAAUUUUUCAGAAAUUCAGAAUUCAAAAUUAGAAAAUUUAUGUGAAAAUGCUCAAGAAACAAACGAAACAAAUAACAAUAGCUUUUUUGAAACAAACAAAAUAAUGAUAAAAAGUUGUCUAAAUAAUUAUCUUUAUUUUUUAAAUGAACAUUACAAAAAAAUAUGGAAUAAACAAAUUUAUUUUUACAAAAAAAAAAUAAAAAGUUUAGACAGUGUGUUAGGAAAUAAACUAAAAGGUGAUAAAAAAUUUAAGACAAAUAAAUUAGGAAAAAUGAAAAAAAUAAAAGAAAAUGAUAUUUCAACAAAAUUGACAGAUACUAUUUUUGGUCAAAAUAAAAUGGGGUUACAUUUUCUAAAAUUUGUAAUAUUUUUAAUUACGAAAAAGGAAAAAUAUGAAAUAAUUCAAGAUGAAAAUAUUAUAAAAAAUUUAAUAAAACUUGUUUAUUUUAUAUUGUCUAUAAAUCAAUGUAGAAAUUCAUUUGCUCAUAAAAAAUUAAAAUUGAUAAGUAUAAAAACUUUAAAAGAGUUGUUUAAAAAUUUCCCACAAUAUUUAAAUGGGACUAAAAAAAUUAAUUUCCUAUCUUUAUAUUUAGAUAUUGAUAAUUAUAAAAACAUUUUUAAUAAAAAUAAUAAAUCAUUAUUGUUUUUUGAUAAAAUAAUUGAAAAUGAUAUAACUAAUCAAAUGCUACAAAUAAUUAAAGGAAAAAUAUUUGAUAUAUAUCUAAAUACAUACUAUUUAUAUAUAUUAGUCUUAAAUAUAGAUAAAUAUAAAAAAAACACAAUAUUUAUUAAUAGAAUUCUAAGUAUAAUAUUAUUAAAUACUAUAUUGGUAAAAGAGUUACAUCAAAUUAAGAAGAAUAAUCCAAAAAAUUUUGAAAUUUUGAAUGCAUAUUUGUGUAUAGACAGAAAUUGUCAAAAUGAAUUUUUGUAUUCUUUUUUCGACUCUAAUAUGGAGAAAUAUGAAGAAUUAAUUAUAAAAAAAAUAAAUCAUAAUAACGAAAGCGACAACAACGAAAGCGACAACAACGAAAGCGACAACAACGAAAGCGAAAAGAAUGGCAAUCUGUUGUCCACAAAAAUCGAAAAUAUAAUAUUUGGAACACAAUUAUAUAUUCAUAAAACUGAAAGUGAUUUCUUUAGUGAACACAAUUAUGUAAAUAGUGGAAAAUUUUCAAAAAUUGAAAAAACAACUCACAAAAUUGUUAAUCCUUUAAAAAAAAAUGAAAUAUCUGUAGCACAUUCUCCAAAUGAUGAACUCAAUAUCAAUCAAACUCAUAGUAGGUUUGUCGAUGAUGUUGAAAAAAGAGAAAUUGAGCAUGCGCAAAGUUCGCAAAUCUCGAAAAAUGGUCAGAUUUCGCAAAGUGGCAACACGGGCAAUUUUGGUAAAAAAGGGAAAAAGACUAACCCACUAUUUUUAUUAAAAAGUGGAAUUAAAAACCCCUUUUUAAUGAUAAACCUAGAUAAGAGCAUUUUAGAUUUAUAUAAAUUUUUGUUAAAAAGGAAUUAUUUGAGCAUACUAUUAUUUUUAGUAAAUAUAUGUCUUUCUUCUGAAUAUUUUAUAUAUGAUUCUGAAUUAUACAAAAACUUUUUGAUAUAUUUAGAAGAACAUGGUGUUGAUAUUUAUAAUUUUUUAGAAAAGUUCGAGAGCAUUGAUAAAAGAAGUUGUAUGUAUAGUGAUUCGGAUACAAAAUACGAUUUAAAACUCAUCAAAAAAAAUGAAAAAAAAAUGUAUAUAUUUUUACUUACUAUAAAUCUUUUACUUCAAUUAAUUGCAGUUUAUCCAACUGAAUCUAUAAUGGCAAUAAAUGAAAAUAAAUUAUUAGAAAUAAAAAAUAUUAAUGAACUAUAUUUAUCAAAUUUAAUUAUAAACAAUCAAAUAAAUGAAUUAGAAAAUAUUUCAAAAAAUUAUAUUAGCACAACAUAUUAUUAUGAUAAAUUUCACAAAACCCUUACUUUUAAAUUUAAGAUAACAGAAGAUGAUGAUUCUCAAAACAUCGAAGGUGUCACUGCCAAACUUUCUCUAAACUUCAUGCCAAACUAUCCAUUCUCUGUUUUAAUUAUAAAUGACAAGAUUGAAUCCCUCGACAAACGAGCCCCUAUACAUAACUCCAUAAAGAGCAUGUACAAAUAUGCCAGGAUAGGAAACAUAAAUGAAAUAUUUAUAAAGUUUGAUAGCCUUAUGAAUAGUUAUUUCCAAAACAAAUCGCAGUGUAAUAUCUGUUUCAUGAUAUUAUAUGAUAAAAAGACUUGUGAUAAAGUAUGCUCAAAAUGCAACACAUCUUAUCACAGUCACUGCCUUCAUAAAUGGUUUUUAACAUCUCAUAACACAAAAUGCCCAUCAUGCCAAAUUCAAUUUAGCUAA